UGAUUUACUUCCUUCAGUGUUGUUGAAUUGGGAGAUUGGGUGGUGAUUUCUCAAAGUGUAGCAGGAAAAAACUUGUCAUUGCUAAAAUCGCUGGCAUCAACUAACUGCAAGUUUCUGGCUGGAAGGGAGCAGUCCAGGAGAGAGUAGUAGACAUGCUGAUGAAGCUCCAGCUCUCCCUGUUGAUCGUCCUUCUUGCCUGUGGCUUCCUCUACCAGUUCACCCUGAAGUCCAGCUGCCUCUUUCCCUUCCUGCCUCCCUACAAGUCCCAGCAAGGGCUGGAAGCCCUCCUGGGCCAUGGGCGCAGCAUCGUGUUCCUAGAGACCUCUGAGAGAACAGAGCCAUCACCGCUGGUCUCCUGUGCUGUGGAGUCUGCGGCCAAGGUUUACCCUGAGCAGCCUGUGCUGUUGCUUUUGAAGGGUCUCACCAAUUCCACGCAGCUGCUCUCAAACUCCACGUCCCCAGCCCUUUCCCUCCUCUCAGCCAUAGACAAUGUUUUCCUCUUCCCUUUGGAUAUGAAAAGCUUGUUUGAAGACACACCGUUGUUUUCCUGGUACACUCGAAUCAACAGCAGUGCAGAGAGAAACUGGCUCUACGUCAGCUCAGAUGCAUCCCGCCUGGCCAUCAUCUGGAAGUAUGGCGGUGUCUACAUGGACAGCGAUGUCAUCUCCAUCAGACCCAUCCCUGAAGAGAACUUUCUAGCUGCACAGGAGUCUAAGUUCUCUAGUAAUGGGGUGUUUGGAUUCCUUCCCCACCACCCUUUCCUGUGGGAGUGCAUGGAAAACUUUGUGGAAAAUUACAAUUCGGAUAUUUGGGGUCACCAGGGUCCCUACUUGAUGACAAGGAUUUUGAGAGUAUGGUGUAAACUCAGAGACUUCCAGGAGGUGAGCGACCUCAGGUGUAUGAACCUGUCCUUCCUACACCCCCAAAGAUUUUAUCCCAUCUCAUACCCAGCGUGGAAGCGCUACUACGAAGUCUGGGACACAGAGCCGAGCUUCAAUGACUCCUACGCCCUGCAUCUGUGGAACCACAUGAACCGCGAAGGGAGGGCUGUGGUUAGAGGAAGCAAUACACUAGUGGAAAACCUCUACCGUAAGUACUGUCCCAGGACUUACAGGGACCUGCUUCAAGGUCCAGAGGAGUCGGUGACUUGGGAGUGGGAUCCAGGUAACAAAUAGAGGCAACACUGGGUUGCUGCUGCUAUAUUGUGGAACUGGCCACUUCCUGGAGUGCCAGACUUUCGCCUGAUCUCCACUUUCCCCAUGGGUGUGGAGGCUCACCCAUGUAUCAGUCACAGUUACAAGUUUCCACAUCAUUUUAUGGAAAAACUAUUAGAACUAAGAAAUGCAUUCAGUAAAGUUACAGAAUCAAUACAUAAAAAUCAGCUGCAUUUCUAACAACUAACCCUGGAACUAUCAGAAAGAAAACAUUCUUAUUGACAACUGCAUCAAAAAGAACAGAACACCUGGGAAUUAAUUUAACCAAGGGUAUGAAAGAAAACCUGCACAUUGUGAGUUCCUGUCAUGGCCCAGCAGAAAGGAAUCUGACUAGCAUCCAAGAGGACACAGGUUCGAUCCCUGGCCUUGCUCAGUGGGUUAAGAAUCCGGUGUUGCCAUGAGCUGUGGUGUAGGUAGCAGACUCCCCUCAGAUCCCAAGUUGCUGCUACAGCUGCAGUAGUCCAAUUUGACCCCUAGCCUGUGAACCUCCACAUGCCUCGGGUGUGGCCCUAAAAAGCCA